AUGCAUCAAACAUCGUCAAAACUGCUCAAGAUGACUGGCGAUGACCAGCCAUACACUCGGGAUUUCAAAGAUCUUUUUGCUACCCUCAUCGUCAGCUUGCCGCUCACGUCGCACCGAGUGCGGUUUUCACGAUAUGCUCAUACUUUCACGACCGAAGAAGCAAUCACCAACCUGGGAUCGCUUAAGUUCUCUCAGUCAAACCGCAUGCCAGAUCCCAAAGCGCCUGAUAGGAUAGUAACGACCACCACGACCACGACGUUCUCAAUGGCCCGCGAAAUGGCACGUGCAACUUGUGUAAGAUUUUUGGAAGCGAGAAUAAUAGAAUCGGUGGAUGGCAGGACGGACUUUAGCUCUCGGAGCUCGGUCUGGCAGCUAACGCCCAAGGGCAUGCACAUUCUUGCACGUUUCUGCCAAAGAAAUGGCAUCCACCAACGGCAUGUUAACGAACUGCUGGAUUCCCCUCGCAAUUUCAUGAAUUUGGUGAUACUGGAGCGCGAUGCCGAGACUGACGAGAUCAUGCACGACUGUGACACCAUCAACGUCCUCUUCCGACGAUUUGCUGGCGACUCUGGACCCAACAUCAAAGCCGAGAAUGCGUCUUCAGACUCCGACUCAAUGAACGAUUAUGCCACAGGACAGGUAGGCGUGAGAAUGGAGCGAGCAAAGAGCUCGCGCAGAGAUCAAACGUCGCACUUUGUUUUCACUGGGAAGGCUGCGUUUGAUUGGCUGAUGGAUUGCACGACAACUGUAAACAAGCGAGAAGGCUUCACGCUGGCGAAUAUGUUCUUGCAGACUGGCCUCAUCGAGCCACAGGGCGAGGAUCGCGGCCAGCAAAACGGUGGCGGGCCCCAGCGAUUUGCAGCCUCGAGACAUAUUAAAUAUGCAGUCACGCUGAGGGGAAUGCAGGUUGCUGGGUGGGUGCCUAUGCCGACAACCUCCUCGCAUGGUGAGCCUUCUGGUGCAGCACGACCGGCGGGCGCUAGCGUGCCUAUUCGCGACUCGAACACCAAUCGCAUGACUGUUAUCAUCCGCGAUCCUGCCCUGCGACUACUGUUUAGAGAAUAUCUGCGCGAGACACAUUGUGAAGAGAAUCUCUCCUUCUACACCGAGGUGAAGGCGUUCCUGGACGACUACCAGCGGGCGAAGCGCGGCUCUUCAGUGCCAAGGCCGGACAUCAUCAGGGAGACCCUCGCAUCUGCGUAUUCGCUGUACAACGCAUUCCUUGCCCCGGGCUCACCAUGUGAGCUGAAUAUCGAUCACAACCUAAGAAAUGCGCUUGCAGCACGGAUGACACGUGCCGUUGGCGAAGAUGAGCAGAUGAUCAGGAGUCUGGAUGAAGUGGCGGACUUGUUCGAUCAGGCGCAGAGUAGCGUUUUCAAGCUCAUGGCCAGCGACUCUGUACCCAAAUUUUUCCGUGAGCCCAAAUACGCCGCCGUGUUGAAGGAGCGAAAUCUCGAACAUAUGAUUUCGAAGUUUGCAGCAACCAAUGUCACUGGAUAG